CUGAAAUGUGGUGGUUUCAGCAAGGCCUUAGCUUCCUUCCGUCGGCCCUUGUAAUUUGGACAUUUGCUACCUUUAUAUUCUCAUAUAUCACUGCAAUAACACUCCACCAUGUUGACCCUGCAUUGCCUUACAUCAGCGACACUGGGACAAUGCCUCCUGAAAGGUGCCUCUUUGGAGUAAUGCUGAAUAUCGCUGCCGUUUUAGGCAUUGCUACUAUCUAUGUUCGUUACAAGCAAGUUCAUGCACUGAACCCUGAAGAGAACCUUAUCAUCAAAUUAAACAAGGCUGGCCUUGUACUUGGGAUACUGAGUUGUUUAGGACUUUCUCUUGUGGCAAAUUUCCAGAAAUCAGCACUAUUUAUUGUUCAUGUAUGUGGAGCUGUCCUUGCCUUUAGUAUGGGCUCAUUUUACAUGUUUGUUCAGACCAUCCUUUCCUACCAAAUGCAGCCCAAAAUUCACAGCAAACAAGUCUUCUGGGUCCGACUACUAUUGGUUAUCUGGUGUGGAGGUUAUGUGCUUCACAUAGUUACUACUGCAGCAGAAUGGUCUAUGUCAUUUUCCUUCUUUGGAUUUUUCCUGACUUAUAUUCGUGAUUUUCAGAAAAUUACUUUACGGGUGGAAGCCAAUUUACAUGGAUUAACCCUCUAUGACACUGUUCCUUGCCCUGUUACCAAUGAAAGAACACCAUUGCUUUCCAGAGAUUUUCAAUGAAUGGAUAAACAUCUUCUGUGAUGAUUGUGAUUCUCAGGGACUGAGAAAAGAUGCAUAAAAGUUGCUUAUUAUACUGUGAAAAUUUGAAUCAGUUAAUCAAGGUUGACAGUGAUAUAAUAAUGAAAGAUGAUAUCAAAAGAAGUGUAAUAAGCCAUCUGAUAAGUUUUCUUAAAGGAUGUUGUUAAGAAGACUAUCUAAAAACAUUAUGUAUAGACUUUUUUAUAAUCCAGAAAAUAAAACCAAAGGAUAACACCAUUGUAGUGUUUGCUACCUUAUCAAAGAAAGCCUGAAGUACAUCAAGUAGUCUCUAUGCUUGGUCUGAAACAUGUUGUUAUUUUAAAAGCAUCUUUUGUUAGCAGUAAUUUUAUGAGAGACAUAUUCCAUGGCCCACAGUAAUCAGCAUUGGUCAGCAAAUCAUUUAGAAUCAGGGCUUAAAACUGAAGUUUUACUAUAUUAAUACUUUUCUUAUGAGAGACAUAUUCCAUGGCCCACAGUAAUCAGCAUUGGUUAGCAAAUCAUUUAGAAUCAGGGCUUAAAACUGAAGUUUUACUAUAUUAAUACUUUUCUUAUAGUGCUUAAAAAUGUGCUGCUGCUGCUGCUGCUGUUAUUGUUGUUGUUGUUAUGGAAUCUCCUCUGUAAAUAGGAGCCUGCCUGAAAUCAUCUGAGAUCUUUGGUGGCUUAAAUUUUCCUCCCUACACCCCACCCGCAACAAACACGAAAUCAAUGGGUAUUUAUUUGAUUCUGGCCACUUUAAUAUUAACAGAUUUAUCAUAUAUGCUUAUAAUAAUUUCAUCAUGUCUGGUCUCUGAGAUUAGACUUUUUAAUUGCCAGUGAAAGAGAGAAAGAUUAUUUGCAAAUAUGCUACCAUGUUGUUCUUUAUAAAAUAAAAGUUAAGGUUGAUGACAUUGCUCAGUACGUAAAUCACUUGCUGCCAACCCUGACUAUCUGAGUUCAAUAUGUAGAAUCCACAUAGUGGAAUCUUGACUUCCAUAUGUAUAUAUACAUACACAAUAAAUAAAUGGGAUAAUAGAGAUGAACAGCAAUGUUCCUAAAUAAGAUUGUAAAGUCUGUAAACAAAAGGAGAUAUGAUUAGUAACAUAAAAACCACUCAUUAAAGUUAGGGUCUUUGAUUUUUCAUUUAGAGAAAUUUGUAAUUAGUAGUAAAAUUAGUUUUGAGCAGAUAUUUAGCCUAUUUAUUGGAAUAUGAUCUUUUUAAAACCUAGAUCUGAAGAAGAGACUGAAAUCCAAAAUAAAAAUCUGAAUCUUU